UAGAGAGCCAAUACCUGAUGAAUUUGAAGAAUUCACAGAUGAGGAUGAAUGGAUCGAUAAAAUCGAAGAACAAGAUGAAGCAAAAACUUAUCAUACUGAAAAAGGAGACCAAGAUGAUGACCCUUAUUCUACAACUCUUGGACUGAUGUUGUUAUUGACAACAACUCUGCAGUAUAUGUUGUUUUAA